AUGGAAUUUCACGCGGUCAUCCUAUGCGGGCCUGGAAAACAGCUCACUCCCUUCUCGAAAAUGCGCUCUACUGGCAUUCUGAAGGCACUUUUACCUGUUGCCAAUGUGCCUAUGGUUGAAUAUGUGCUUGAUUGGUGUGAGCGUGCCUUUUUCCCAAAAGUGACCUUGGUUUGUGAUGAUGCUUCUGCUGAAGACAUUGAGGCCAGCUUGAAGCGCUACAAGGCGACGAAAUCAAGCAGUGAAACCAGUGGUGACCAUACUUUCCUGUUCACCGAGUCAAUCCUGGUAGUCCAAGUUGACUCUUCUGCCAGCGGGCAAGUUUUGCAACAUUUGUACAAAACGAACGCUAUUAGUCCGUAUGAACAUUUUGUAUUAUUGCCGUGUGAUUUCAUCACAAAUUUGCCCCCUCAGGUCUUGAUUGAAGCAUAUAGAUCAAGUCAGGAUACAGAUGUGGGCAUGUUGGUAUACUACAAAAAUCGGUUGGAGAUCGAGGAUAAGAAAAACAAAAUUUUCCCCAAGAACUAUACGAUCUAUACGGAAUUACCAACUGGCCUGUCGCAAUUAUUGGAUUAUUAUUCUGUGGCAGACAUUGAAUUCCACAAGGCCUUAAAAAUAAGGACUCAAAUGGUCUGGUCGUACCCGAACGCCACUGUCAGCACGCAAUCCUUGAAUAGCUCUAUUUUCUUCGGUAAUGCCAAGAAGAUUUUCGAAAUUUUUGACGCCUAUCCCGACAAGUUUAUCGAUACCUACUUCGCUACUCGGCCUCUCAUCAAAGUUGUGAGAGAUUUGGCAAGAAAGCCGUGGCAAAAACCCAACCACAAGUCCACUAUUGGUUUCAUGAUGGUUCCAGAACAAGCUAUUUUCUUUAGAUGUAACAACUUACCUGUUCUCAUGGAGGGUAACAGACAUUAUUUGAAAUUGCAAGCAAGAGAAGGUGCAGUGAAACAAACUGCUGCUAAGGAGAAAACUGCAGCAAACGUUGGUGCCGACUCUAUUAUUGGUGAAAAUACACUGUUGGGCGAAAAGACCACGGUCAAGCGUACGGUGAUUGGUUCCAAUUGCAUAAUCGGUAAAAGAGUGAAGUUGACAGGAUCGAUUAUCCUAGACAAUGUUGUUAUUGAAGAUGAUGUUCAAUUGGAAAACACGGUUGUGGGUCACCAUGCGAUCAUCCGCAGCAAGUCUAAGUUGAUCAACUGUAAUGUGGAGUCAACGCAUGAUGUGAUGAAUGGUACUCAAUCCAAGGGAGAUACUUUGUUGUGCUUGACUUUAGAAGGUUUAGUUGUGUCUGACAGCUCCAGCGAGGACGCUAGUUCAUCUGAGGGUGAUUCAGAUAGUGACUACGAAGAGUUUGACGAGGGAGAUUACGACAACUCUGACGGCUUAUUUGGCUACUAA